AUGGUGGACCAUGAAUUGGACAUUGAGGCAGAAGAUGAUGCAUUCAUUCUGUCUCGACCUCUCAUGGAAGAGGAGUCUCAUUCUACUAAAGGGUGCACAGACUAUGUAGACAUGGGUGCCACCCUGCCUGAACAGGGACAGCUCCUCCGCCAACCGUACAAUAUUAGAUGAUGCUUGGGCAGAAAAGCAGGAGUGCACUCCUAGCACAGGGCACACAGACAACCUUACAGUGGAGAUGUUUGUGGUCUCGUGA